UGUGCGCUUUCGAAGCGCGGUAUGAUCUUACAACCGGACAUAAUGGCCUACAACGAGGCGAUAAUGCCACCACCUGGGGCUGUGGGCGCUGCAGCGGCGGCAGGACCAGCAAGCAACGCAUAUGGUGUUCAUCACUACCAGCAUCAUCAGCCGGGCGGCGGCGGCGGUGGAUCGGCAAUAGCGCUCGCGUCCACAUCAGCGAUUAAUGCAAAAUCAAUACAACAGAAUGUAAUUAUCGCCAAUGCGGGCCUUAGCUAUGAGGAUGUCCUCAACGAUGAUUUUCAAUUCGAUAUGGACGGACAUGACGUCAUGGUAUUCUUGCAUAUACAGAAGACCGGAGGCACAUCAUUUGGAAGGCAUUUAGUGCGUGACUUGGAUUUGAAGCGACCUUGCGAAUGCCAGCGGCAACGCAAACGCUGCUAUUGUUUCCGUCCGCAUCGCAACGAAAACUGGCUCUUCUCACGCUACUCAACAGGCUGGAAGUGCGGCCUGCAUGCCGACUGGACGGAAUUGACCAGUUGCGUCGACAUCGAGCUUGAUAAGAACGAAGGCGAGACGGCGAAGCGAAGGUACUUCUACAUUACGUUACUUCGUGAACCCAUCUCGCGUUACAUGUCCGAGUAUCGGCAUGUGCGGCGCGGUGCAACAUGGAAGGGUUCACGGCACUGGUGUCUCGGCAGACAAGCCACGGCGUCUGAGUUGCCGCCAUGCUAUAAGGGCAAGGACUGGUUGGGCGUGGAAUUGGAUGAAUUUGCCGCGUGCGAUUCAAAUUUGGCGGCUAACCGACAGACGCGCAUGCUGGCCGAUUUGGCGUUAGUAGGCUGUUACAACAAGACUGCAAUGCCGGCACACGAACGUGAUCGUGUGAUGUUGGCAAGCGCUAAACGCAAUUUAGCUGCCAUGGCAUACUUUGGACUCACCGAGUAUCAGAAGAUGUCGCAGUAUAUUUUCGAGGAAACAUUCAAUCUGCGCUUUGCGAUACCAUUCGAACAACACAACACAACAAUUUCUGCGUCGGCGGUUAACAAUUUGCGACCAGAUCAAAAGAGGCGCAUCGAGGAGCUGAACAGCUUGGAUGUCGAGUUAUAUGCCUUUGCAAAGAAUUUACUAUUCCAAAGGUACGGUUCAUCGAAAUUCGAGCAUUUAAAAGCGAAAGACAACGAUUUUGAGAAACGGUUUGCUAAUCUGGGCAACAUCUAUUACAAACAGGGUGUCACGGAAUUCAAUUGGGACAGCAACAUUGAUGAGACGUUGAGCACCGAUCAUUGAAACCAAAUAUAUGCAUACACACACAUUUGUAAGCGCUUGGCGUUUAAAAUUAUGGCGCGCCAUAAAGGCAGCUAUGGCUGAAUAAUUGCAAAAAGGACUUUACACUAGAUUUAAAAAUAAAUUUAAACGUAAAUAUUAGUUAUAACGGAUCUGCAUCAAGUGCAAAUCUAUGUACAUCCCUACUUACUCGUAUAUUGUGCAUUCUGUACUAUUCGCUAGUUUCAACCCACUGAUUUAUUUUUACCGAAUCAGUUCUACUACUCGUUUUUAGCUAUUGUAAAUAUGUACACUUCUAGGGUUUUAUUUGAGCGUUUUGGUUUAGAGUUGUAUGUUGAGAGUCACCAGUCACAAUUAGUCGCAAGUCAUUCGUAAUAGUUACGUUGGUAGUUUGAUUUUACUAUUAUCUUAAGAAAUACGCUAAGCCAAAAUUAGUUAAGAUAUAAAUUUUAAGCUUAGGAACUAAUAUUUAGGCAAACAGAGAGUAUUUUUUUUUUUUGUUUAUGUUUAUCAUAGAAUCCCUAGUUUUCCUUAGCAUUACAAAGUAUUUGUAAGUGGGGCUGGGAAGAGGCGCAACGUAAAUUCAUUACUUCAUGGCAGUUCAUGCAACCGGUUUCGCUGCAUUCACCAAACCCUGAAAGGCAUUAGAAGUCAUCACAAUUUAAUUUAUUCGUGUCGUUUAAGUUGCUCAUGGCAAUGUGUUAAUAUUUUCUCCCUAGAAAUAAAUUGAAUUAAUUAUGUAAAUAAAUUAGAAUGGAAAUACUUUCACACAUAGUAUCUCGAUUUUGCGCCCCUGUAUUACGGAAUAUUUGGCGAUAGUAUUGUUAGUCAAGAUAAUUGUAUAAGACAAUAAUAAAUUCAAAAUAAUACGGAAUAUGAUUAUGAUUGCUUGGGAAAACAUAAACUAACGACAUGUGCAACAAUAACGACAGCAGGCAGACCCAAACGCAUGCAAUAGCAUUUUAUGUACCAGUACUCCAUUCAGUAAGACAGUUCGACAUGAUUACCCACACUCACGCAAGAAUAUAAAUAUACACCGAGAUCAGUGCAACAAUCUCAAAUUUGCAUAACUACUCACCAACAAACAAGAAAGAUAAACUAAUGUAAAUCUUAAAUUAUACAAUUGAUUAUGAAACAAAAACCACAACAAAAACGAAGAAUGUUUGAUAAUUGUAUGAUUUCACUCAUUUGAAUGCAUUUAAACAUUUACCAUAUAUUGUGCCAUUUUGUAGAAAAUUAUUCAUUUUUAUACGUCAUUGAUAUCACUACGCAUAAAACUAUUGAUUAUUGAUAAAGUAUUUACCAAAAACAGUGCAAUUCAAUUAAGUUUAUCAUUAUA